AUGGUGUAUUUGAGCAUUGAAGUCGCGCAUGGAUCCACCACCUUUAGAAGCAGAGAUAUGAUCUCAGGGGUAAUCACACUUGAUUGGCGAAGGACAGAAAGAGUUUCAUCACUUUCGAUACAUCUUGUUGGUGAAAGCACGUCCACCCUAGGAGUAACGCGGAUCUUAGGGUUGAAGCAACAGAAAAAGGAGAAACACCGGUUCCUACACGAGGAACAAACCAUCACACUGAACUCCAUCGCCUCGAAGCUUGACUGUGGCCGACUUGAGCGUCCCGUCAAUGAUUAUGGCAUCUUCCCAUUCAGGUUCCGAUUACCCCAGUCACAAAAAUGCCAUUCUUGUCACGGAAAACCCUUGGAAGACAAUGAUUACGGAUGUCGUCGGGAAUUCACAAGUUAUCCAGUGGAUCUUCCGCCAACUUUAGGGCCGCCCACUGCCGUUGUGGCAGUUUCGUAUUACAUUAUCGCCAAAGCGACCUUCUGGUACAAAGGAAUCAGGAGAACAUUAGAGAGGACUCGAUCUAUCUUUUAUUGGCCCUCGCAAAUUCGAUCGUUGUUGGAUGGCGUCGCUUCAAAUAACGAAUCAGCUGCAGUGAACGCACGUGCCUAUAUUCUUGGUGCACAGAGUUUUAAGCUGGCAUCAUGUGAAGAUUCUACGGGCAUUGCACCUUUAGUAGAUUUAUCUAUACCAGCGCAAAUUAUCCUUCAAGCAGACUUUAUACCGGAUAUCACCCUCUCGUACGAUACCCGGAGAAACCAUUCUGCACUGCUUCCGUGCACACUGAACAUGUCAUUGAGGGUCAGGAAGCUCAAUGACAACAAACAAGACUUGUAUCUUAGGUCUAUAAGUAUUGUAUUACUAGAGUUUACGAGAUUUCGUGCUGGGGUAUUGACGACGAAAGAGAUGGUCAUCCAUCCACUAAAAUCACUCAACCAAAUCGAAGACCUCGUCUUCACAUCUUCUGAUCCUAUUGACGUUAUAAAUGAACUAGACCCUGACAUGUGGCGUCAAGGGUCGCUUCUUACGGAGGUGUGUCCUGGGUUCACCACGUGUAAUAUCCAGAGGAAGUACGAGCUCGAGAUAGUAACUGGUUGGCAAUGUCGGCAGGCUAAAGAUUCUGGGAGAGUAUUCUUUGUCACAUUACGCUGUCAGGCAAACAUCGCGUAUACGUAA